GUCCUCCGCCCCAAACAACAGACUACCUGUCCAAUCCUUCCGGAGAGAUCUUUCUACCUAAUUGCCACAUACACUCACACUUACAUUUUUACCACUGCGGUACAUGCAGCGACAGCUCGCGGAUCGCUGGGCCCGCAAACGCUACUUUGGAUAGUCGGCAGCGGUGACAUUCUUGCAGAACGCGGGGUGCUGCGGUGAGCUGUUAAAACAUCCUGAAACGUUGCGACGUACCGAUUCUCCUUUUGCCUGAACCUCUUUCUUUAUUCCUUUCAUACACCUGCCAUUCAUCAUGCACAUCUCCCAGAAACUUUUACAGGCCAGGGCGGAAGGAAAACCCACGUUUUCCUUUGAAUUCUUCCCCCCGAAGACUGCCCAGGGUGUACAAAACCUCUACGACCGCAUGGACCGCAUGCAUGGCCUUGGUCCUCAAUUCAUCGACGUUACAUGGGGCGCAGGCGGCCGCCUAUCCCACCUCACCUGCGAAAUGGUCAAAGUAGCCCAGUCUGUAUACGGCCUCGAAACAUGCAUGCACCUUACAUGCACCGACAUGGAACGCUCGAAGCUCGAUGAAGCCCUGAAAGAGGCCUACAACUCCGGCUGUACCAACAUUUUGGCCUUGCGUGGAGAUCCACCUCGAGAGAAGGAGAAGUGGGAGGCUACUGCUGGUGGCUUUCGUUAUGCCAAGGACCUCGUCAAGUACAUCCGAGACAAGUACGGCAACCACUUCGACAUUGGCGUGGCAGGUUACUCUGAGGGCAGUGAGGAUAACGCGGAUGUCGAUUUACUGAUCGACCAUUUGAAAGAGAAGGUUGAUGCCGGUGCUACUUUCAUCGUCACCCAGAUGUUCUACGAUACGGACAUUUUCCUUUCCUGGGUCGAAAAAGUACGUGCGAAGGGUAUCGAUAUUCCGAUCAUUCCGGGUAUCAUGCCUAUUCACACAUAUGCUGCCUUCCUGCGUAGAGCCAAUUGGACCAAGUGCAAUGUACCUGACGAAUGGACGAAGGCGCUGGAGCCUGUCAAGAACGACGAUGUGGAGGUUCGUGAAGUUGGAAAAGAUCUGGUCGCUGAUAUGUGUCGGAGAUUGAUCAAUGCGGGAAUUACACACUUGCACUUCUACACCAUGAAUCUUGCCCAGGCGACGCGCAUGGUCCUCGAAGAGCUGGAAAUCCUUCCCGAUGUUGAAAGCCCACUCGAGAAGCCACUACCCUGGAGACCAUCUCUUGGUCUCAACCGUCGCGACGAAAACGUACGACCCAUCUUCUGGCGCAAUCGCAAUCGCUCCUACGUUGCUCGCACUCAAGAUUGGGACGAAUUCCCCAAUGGCCGUUGGGGUGACGCGAGGUCUCCUGCUUUUGGUGAGCUUGACUCCUAUGGCAUUGGUUUGAAGGGAACAAACGAGCAAAACAUCAAACUCUGGGGUACCCCAGCAUCAAUCAAGGACAUAUCGGAUCUGUUCGUCCGCUAUAUGAGUGGUGACCUCGAAUCUCUGCCUUGGAGUGAACAAGCUAUCUCGAAAGAGGCUGAGAGUAUCGAACAAGACCUCAUCAAGCUGAACCGACGAGGUUUCCUUACCAUCAAUUCGCAGCCUGCAGUUGACGGAGCCAAGUCAUCCGAUUCUGUCUUUGGUUGGGGACCGCGAAAUGGUUAUGUGUACCAGAAGGCUUACCUCGAAGUACUUGUGUCCCCAGAACAUAUUGCCGAGGUCAUCACAAGGAUUGAGCGUGAUCCAGAUAUGACCUACUACGCGGUAAACAAGGAGGGCGAUCUAAAGACCAAUGCGCCUGGCGAUGGCCCGAAUGCUGUCACCUGGGGUGUCUUCCCCGGAAAGGAGAUUGUACAGCCAACCAUUGUUGAAACUGUCAGUUUCCUCGCAUGGAAAGAUGAGUUCUAUCGACUUGGACAGGACUGGGCGAACUGCCACUCAUCAGUGAGCCCUGCUCGAUAUGUUAUUGAGGAUCUCAUGGAUACGUGGUGGUUGAUCAACAUUGUGAAUAACGAUUUCCAUGUCAAGCAUGGAAUUUUCCCGCUCUUCGACGGUCUCCAGGUACAAGAUAUGGAGAAGCCACUCCACCCAGUCGGCCACACUAACAGCGACUCCGGAUCAAAUGGAGUCAGCAACGGCACCUCUGCCCAGGAUGGCGAGAAAUCGAUCCUGGGGAACGCUGUUGAUGCUGCACGAUCCGCACUCCAGAACGGCCUUAACCUCGCGAAUUAGGAAACAUCGCCAUACACGCUCUUGCAAUUCAACAUAGAAGACCGAGCCUUCUGGCACCCCAUAUUUGGUAAAGAACAUUACAAAUAUAUCUCGGGGCGGCUUUCUACUCUCAACAGUACCUUCUCUUCCCAUCAUCUCAGGAUCUCCUUCCACGGCGUUUUUUCUUUUCCUUUUAAAGGGUUUGGGCAUAAAAGCUUGUCUAAUUGCAUGUGAGAGGCGUCUAUUCAACCUGACGACCAUAAUGAUACGACGGCAGGUAACAGAAAAAAAACGGACAUACAAUUGGCGGACAUAAUUCAUCAUGAUACCCGACCGAUACCCUCAACGGUGUCGGUCAUGUCUCUCUUACUUCAAGAGCAUUCUUACUGCAAACGAAAGCAAUAAAUAUAUUCUUAAGGCUGUGGUAGUAUAUGCCAUCUGCUUCCAUU